UCUCCAAUUCCACCACAAUCAAUCUUGGUUUACCUUAACGCAUCUGCAUCUGCUUCAUCUCUCCAAUUCCAAUUCCAUGUUGUUUCUGUUCCGGUGGAAUUGAAUUAAUGUACAACAACAAGAAGAAGAGGCUUUUGCAGAUAUAGGAAGGAAGGACAGGAUUUUUUUUAUUUUAUGUCUCCGGUCAAAUUCCUGUUCACGUUCCUCUUCGUAGCACUCGCUUUAUGGCUCUUCUUAUUAUUGGUUUCGAAGUUAGCGGCUUUGUUUUUGAGCCGGGUCCUGAAAGCAUCUGUGGGGUUUAGACUUUGCGGCUUCAGACGCUUGAAGGAUGUUAGGAUCGACUUCCAAAGGGGGGGUGUUGAAUCUGUUUCGGUUGGUGAAAUCAAACUUUGCCUACAGCAAUCCUUGGUUCAACUAGUAGGAGGAGGUGAUUUUAUUUCUAAGGACCCGAAACUGCAGCUGCGUAUUAGCAACUUAGAAGUUGUUACAAGAGUUUCUGCCAAAAGUUCUAAAAAGACUACACCACGCAAACCGAAAAAGAGUUCUGGCAGUAAGCCAGGGAAAGGAAAGGUGAUGGCUGUCGCUAACAUGGCGAGAUUUUUGUCUCUUUCUAUUCGAGACUUGGUCGUCAAGACACCGAAAGCUACUGUCGAAAUUAAAGAAUUGGGGGUAGAUAUGUCUAAAGAUCAAGGUUCCAAGCCCUCUAUGUAUUUGAAGUUGCAAAUUUUGCCUAUAGCUAUCCAUCUGGGAGAACCACAUGUUACUGCAGGGGAUGCAUCCACAAUAGACAAGUCCUCUGCUCACUUUGUUUGUGAAGAAUUUGGUCUCUUGUUUGAGUUUGCUUCUCACAGAGAAAUGGGCGUGAGUGCUAAAAACGUUGAUAUAUCUUUGGGAGAAAUUAGCGUAGACUUAAAUGAGGAUCUGAUUUCCAAAAAGAAGAAACCAUCCGACACUCAUGUUGAUGAACCUCCUGUACAGCCGCCUGCCACUGAAUCCGACAUUAUUGCUAAAAAGGAACAAAAGAAACAAGCUACACUUGCAGCCAUCACGAAGAACGCACCUUUCUUCCCUGAAAAGUUUUCGCUCACUCUGCCAAAGUUAGAUGUAAAGUUUGUACAUAAAGAGCACUGUGUUGUAAUGGAGAACAACAUUACAGCCGUCCAAUUCAAGAUCAUAAAGUCUCGAUCCUUUGAGGAUGAAAGCACACGUAUCGAUCUUCAAUUAGAUUUCAGUGAGAUUCAUAUUCUUAAAGAAGGUGGAAGUUCUGUUAUUAAUUUACACAAGCUUGCUGUUCUUUCAUUCGUUUAUAUUCCAUUACAGCCUACAUCGCCUAUAAAGUCUGAAAUCGACAUUAAGCUCGGAGGCACACAUUGCAACAUAAUUAUGGCAAGAUUAAAGCCAUUGAUGAAAUUGCGCCCCCCAAAGAAGAAUAAGACACCGCAAAAAGAAGAAAGUGGACGUCCAGUAAAAGUCCAGUCGGGUGAUGAUGAAUUUAAGGUCCUUGUGUGGACAUUCACUUUUUCAGCCCCGGAGACAACCAUCGCACUUGUUAAUAUGGAUGGAUUGCUGCUUUAUCAUGGUUGCUUGGAGGCUUCACAUGUCUUUGCCAACAACACAUCUAACACAGGAGGCACUCUAGUUCACUUGGAACUGGGUGAUUUAAGCUGGCAAAUGGCUGAUGAAUUUCAAGAGUCUUUGAAAUCAAGCUUCUUUGUGGUGGAAACAAACACGGAUGCAGUGUUGCAUGUAUCAAAGAUCAUUCUGGAAUUCGGCAAAAAGGAAGUAGAUUCAGUUCAACAAGUAGCAGUACUCUCUGUGGAUGUAAUCGGUAUUGGUAUGUGCUUAACAUUCACACGUGUCCAGUCCUUAUUAUCUACCGCUUUAUGGUUCAAGACAUUCUUAAAGAAGCCCCCCCAAUCUGCUCCACCACCUCCUGUUAAAAGUGAAGCGGUUAAAUCAUCAUCAUCAUCAUCAUCGGGGAAAGGGAUCCAGCUGGUAAAAUUCAAUCUCCAACGGUGUUCAGUAAAUCUAUGUGGUGACGUAACUCUGGAUAAUGAAAUUGUGGAGGAUCCCAAGCGUGUAAAUUAUGGAUCACAAGGUGGUCGCGUUCUUAUCACUGAAUUACCUGAUGGAACUCUACGUACGGCAAAAGUAGCGUCGGCCACUGAAUACAAAACAGUUACGUGUUCCGUCGGACUAGAGAUCAUCCAGCUGAGUUUGUCUCUGAACAAGGAGAAACAGUCAACUCAAGUGGAGCUUGAAAGAGUCACGUCAGCAUACCGUGAGAUUACUACAAAAGAUGGCGAAGACACGUGCAGCCUAAAUGUGGCUUUGUUUGACAUGCAGAAAGCAAAGUUUGUAAAGCGAGCUGGCGGGGGGCAUAAAGAGGUAUCAUCCAUUUGCUCGCUUUUCAGUGCGACUACCAUCACCGCCAGGUGGGAGCCGGAUGUUCAUUUAGCAUUGGUUGAACUCGGGUUGCGGUUGAAGCUCCUCAUGCACAAUCAUAAGCUUCAAGAACAAGAACAAGAACAAGAGAUCACAAAGGAUCGUGAAAGACCCUCGGUGGUCGAAAAGAGCCAAAAGAAAAAGAAAGAAUCUCUUUUUGCUAUUGAUGUGGAGAUGCUUACUGUCACUGCUGAAGCUGGAGAUGGUGUCGAGACCAUGAUUCAGGUUCAGUCCAUUUUUUCUGAAAAUGCACGAAUUGGUGUGCUUUUGGAGGGAUUGUUGUUUAGUUUCAAUUCAGUGAGAGUUUUCAAAAGUGGUAGAAUGCAACUUUCUCGAAUCCCCAAUGGAUCCGUCAAAUGGGAUUAUGUGAUUCAAGGUCUCGAUAUGCAUAUUUGCUUGCCGUUUAGGUUGCAGUUGCGUGCUAUUGACGAUUCUGUUGAGGAAAUGAUCCGAGCGUUAAAGCUUGUUGCAGCAGCUAAAAAGAAAAUAUUAUUUCCUUUCAAGAAAGAAAGUGAGAAGAGUACGGGUGCAAACACAAACGCGAAAAAACCAAGCUCGUCAAAGCUUGGGCGUGUGAAGUUGUAUGUAAGGAAACUAACCGUUGAAAUUGAGGAAGAACCGUUACAAGGGUGGCUUGAUGAACACUAUCAUUUAAGGAAGAAGGAUGCUCAUGAAAUGGCUGUUCGAUUAAGCUUUCUAGAUAAUUUAUCGAAAGGGAGCGAAUCACCUGAAAGUGUAGAUGAAGAAAAAAUGCAAACAGAUGGGGGGCAAGAUAAGACGUCACGUGUCACUUAUGACGCAUCAACCAUUGAAAAACAAAAGGAGGAGCUUUAUAAAAAAUCAUUUCGGUCUUAUUACGAAGCGUGUCAAAAUCUUGUGAUUUCAGAAGGAACGGGUGCAUGUCACGAAGGAUUUGAGUCGGGGUUUAAGUUUAGUGCAUCAAGAACGUCUCUUUUCUCAAUCAUUGGUACAGCCCUUGAUGUAACGUUGACAGCAAUUGAAGGUGGGGAGGCGGGGAUGAUAGAACUAGUACAAAAACUUGAUCCAGUUGCUCGUGAAUGUAAUGUUCCAUUUGCUCGUGUUUAUGGAAGUAACCUUAAUUUGCAGGCAGGAUCUCUUGUUGUUCAAUUAAGAGACUAUUCAUAUCCCCUUUUUGCCGCAACUUCUGGUAAAUGUGAAGGUCGCCUCGUGCUAGCUCAACAGGCAACACCUUUUCAGCCGCAAACUCUGCAUGAAGUGUAUAUCGGUAAAUGGAGGAAAGUGGAAAUGUAUCGUUCUGUUAGCGGGACAACGCCACCAAUGAAAACAUUUCUGGAUUUACCAUUGCAUUUUGAGAAAGGUGAGGUAUCCUUUGGUGUGGGCUUUGAACCACCAUUAGCUGAUUUGAGCUAUGCCUUCACUGUGGCUUUACGUAGGGCCAAAUUAAGUGUUAGAGACCCGAAUCCUUUCAUUAUUCCCCCAAAGAAAGAAAAAAGUUUGCCAUGGUGGGACGAAAUGAGAAAUUAUAUUCAUGGAAACACAACCUUAUCUUUCUCUCAAACCUUAUUUAAUAUUCUCGCCACAACUGAUCCUUAUGAAAAGUCUGAUAAGUUCCAAAUGUCUUCUGGAUACAUGGAAAUCCAACAGUCAGAUGGGCGUAUUAAUGCUUCCGCAAAAGACUUGAAGAUAUUUACAAGCAGUUUAGAGAAUUUGCUAAGAAAUUCAACCACCAAACCGCCAGCUGGCGAACCGUGCGCUUUCGUAGUGGCCCCGUCUAUUUUUCUUGAAGUUGCAAUGGACUGGGGUUGUGAUUCUGGUACCCCACUUAACCAUUUUUUGUUUGCGCUUCCGUCUGAAGGUGUUGCUCGUGAAUAUAUAUAUGAUCCUUUUAGAUCUACUUCACUCUCCAUGCGGGUAAAUAUGGCCCUUAGGCCUUGUACAAUAAAUGUUGCUCCUCAUGAUAUUGUUUGGCUUAUAAAGUUCAUUAACUUAAAUUACCUCCCUCCUGUAAAAUUACGUUUUUUCUCUCGUUACCCGCGUUUUGGUGUCCCAAGAGUUGCGAGAUCUGGCAACCUGUCAUUAGACAAAGUGAUGACAGAAUUUAUGCUUCGUGUUGAUUCAACUCCAACCAUUAUAAGGCAUAUAUCGUUAGACGAAAGUGAUCCAGCUAAAGGGUUGACUUUCAAAAUGUCAAAGCUAAAAUCCGAAAUGUAUUUGGGUCGUGGAAAGCAAAAGUUUACAUUUGAUAGCCCACGUGAUCUUCUCGUUCCUGUUUACCAGGGGAUUGAUCUUCAUAUGCCUAAGGUAUUUCUGAAUAAAGAUGAUACCACAUGUGUUAUUAAAGUUCAAACAUCUAAAAAAGCCUCACAAGAUGGAGAAAUAUGUAGUAGUAAUGCAACUGGAACCACAGAUAGACAUCGGGAUGACGGGUUUAUAUUAUCAUCCGAUUAUUUUAUUGUCAGAAAACAAUCCCCCAAGGCAGAUUGUUCUAGAUUAUUAGCAUGGAGAGAAGCUUGCCAAAAAAGUAUAGAAAUGAAAUAUGUGGCAGCUGGAGACGAUAAUGAUGAAGACGCACGAGAAAGAUCAGACCCUAGCGAUGAUGACGGAUAUAACGUGGUGGUAGCGGAUAAUUGUCAACGGAUUUUUGUUUAUGGAUUGAAGCUUCUUUUGACUAUUGAAAACAAAAACGGUAUUUUGUCAUGGGGUGGUGAGUUAGGUAAAGCGGUUGCGCCACCAAAACCCUCUCCUUCUCGUCAAUAUGCCCAAAGGAAACUGCUUGAGGAGACCCAGGAUCAACCCAUUCAAGAGGAUGUCUCAAAGACGACACCUACUGGUCAAGCAGGAAGUCCGAAGGAAGCAUCAAAGUCAGAUCAGUCUCCAUCAAAUCCAAAUAAAGUAGAGCAUCAAACGUUUGAAGAUAUGGCAAAACAUGUGAAUGUUGAUGGCUCUGAGGAGGACGAGGAGGGCACAUGUAAUUUUAUGGUAAAUGUUAUUGAGCCGCAAUUCAAUCUUCACUCGGAUGAAGCCAAUGGUAGAUUUUUACUUGCUGCUGCUAGUGGGCGAGUUUUAUCUCGCGAAUUUCAUAAAGUUGUUAAUGUUGGCAUAGAGGUGAUCGAACAAGCAGUGAGCAAUGAAGGGGACAUUAAGCAACCUGAAUUGAUAUGGAACCGGUCAGAGGUGUCGGUGAUGUUGGAACAUGUGCAGGCUCACGUGGCUCCGACUGAUGUUGACCCUGGGGCGGGGGUCCAGUGGCUAACAAAGAUACGUAAAAGCUCCCCUAAAGUAAAGCAGCGAACUGGAACUUUACUUGAACAAGUGUUCAUGCCAUGUGACAUGUUCUGCCGUUACACCCAGAACAAAAGUGAAACUCAGGAUUUAAAGGUAAAACCUUUGAAGGAACUUGCAUUUAAUUCUGAUAAUAUAAUAGCGAGCAUGACGUCUCGCCAGUUUCAAGUUAUUAAUGAUGCCUUUAACAGUCUACAGGCCAGACCUCCCAAGCAUCAGAAAAGCAAAGCAGCAGCAGAAGAUGAUGAUGAAGAGAUAGAGGAGGAAGGUGAUGAGGCGGUUCCUGAUGGCGUUGAAGAGGUAGAUAUAGAACGAGUCAACCUUGAACACAAGGAACGAGCCCAAAACUUGCUUUAUGAUGAUAUACGGAAGCUUGCUAUUCCUACUGAUACUGCUGUAGAUGCAGUCGAAAAUGAAGGUGAUAUGUGGAUGGUAACUGCUGGCAGAUCCAUACUGGUGCAAAAACUUAGGAAAGAAGUGGUAAAUGCACAAAAAGCGAGAAAGGCUGCGGCUGCUUCUUUGAAGGUGGUUUUGAGGAAAGCUGCUGCAGAAAGGCUAAUGGAGAAAGAGAAGAAUAAAGGGCCGUCGUGUGCUAUGAGCGUAUCCUUCAAAUUGAAAAAGGUGGCAUGGAGCAUGCUUUUGGAUGGGAAAACUAUUUCCGAGAUCGAGAUAAAUGACAUGGAAAGGGAUUUCGAUAGAGAUUAUAAAGAUAUUGGUGUUGCUAGAUUCACAAUAAAGUAUUGUGCUAUAAAAAACUGCCUGCCUAAUGCUAAAUCUGACACUCUUCUGGCAGCAUGGAAUCCACCUUCAGAAUGGGGAAAGAAAGUGAUGAUUCGAGUAGACGCAAAACUAGGUGCGCCAAAGGAUGGUGCCUCACCUAUCGAACUUUUUCAGGCAGACGUUUACCCGUUGAAAAUACAUUUGACUGAGUCGAUGUACCGUGUGAUCUGGGGAUAUUUCUUUCCAGAGGAGGAACAAGAUAGCCACCGGCGCCAGGAAGUUUGGAAGGUCUCAACAACCGCGGGCUUACGUCGUGGCAAAAAAGGGAACGAGGUUACAAAAGAUCUAGAGGGCUCCUCCAAAUCACACACGGUUGAUUCCUCGGCAUCAAAGAAAGGGAAAGCAACACACGAGUUGAAAAGAAGUUCGUCUUUCGAUAAAACAUGGGAAGAAAGCGUAGCGGAAUCCGUAGCUAAUGAGCUUCUAGAAGAAAUGCGUUCUCUAGAGCAGGAAGAACUGAGUAAACCUAAAUCCAAGGAUUCAAAAUCGGCAAAAUCUUCAAAAAAUUCAAAAGCUUCUAAAACGGGUCAAGAAGAAAAGAAGUCCGGAAAACAACCAAGUCAUGACAAAAAAGGCAAGCCUGAGGUGUUGAGAGAGUUUCAUAACAUCAAGAUAAGUCAGGUGGAAUUACUAGUGACUUACGAAGGGCCUAGAUUUGCUGUAAGUGAUCUGAGGCUGCUGAUGGAUUCAUUCCAUCGUGUUGAAUUCACCGGAACUUGGAAGAAGCUGUUUGCCAGAGUUCAGAAGCAUGUUAUCUGGAGUGUCCUCAAGUCGGUCACGGGAAUGCAGGGUAAGAAGUUCAAAGAUAAGUCAACGCACAAAGAACCGAAUCUGGCAAAUGUCCCUACCCUUGAUCAGGACAGCGAGGGUGAUGAUAAUCUUGGUUUGAGGCGAGCGGCUGAUGGUGCAGGGGAUGGAUUUGUGACCUCGGUCAGAGGAUUAUUCUCUGGACAACGGCGUAAGGCCAAGGCCUUUGUGCUUAGGACCAUGAGAAAUGAAGGAGAAGAGCCAAUGCCUGGUGAAUGGAGUGAUAAUGAAGAUUAUUCUCCUUUCGCUAGACAGCUCACCAUAACAAAGACUAAGCAGCUUAUUAAACGCCACACCAAAAAGUUUUACUCAAGCAAAGGUUUUUCUCUAUCUUCACCAAAAGACGAUGAAAGUGAUUCUUCGGAUGGUGAUCCUUUCGAGGAUUACCUUGAGUACAAGGCUGCCCAAGAGAAAGCUACCCAAGAAACUACUGCCCAAGAAAACGUUCACGUCGAGGCCCAAAACAAACCUGAAAAUCAAUGAUAGUUUUUUUUUUUUCGUGAUUUAGAAUCCAUGGCAAGGCUCAGUUUUUGUUCAAGGAAACCGGUUCGAUGAACCAUAUGUAGAUAUAGAAGCAGGUUGUAGCUUCUUUAUAUACUGUUUUAUUGCAAUUUUGAUCCUUUUAUGAGAGUUGUAUAGGAAUAAUAGGAUGAAGGGAUUUUUAUGGUGUUCAUCUUCUUGUUAUGGCAAGCAGAACAUAUCAACUUUGAGGUCCAAAUUU